GCUUCUUCAGUGCUGCUUACUUGUGAUGGACUACAAUUAUUCUCUGAUGUUGUGGAUUCGCUCACCCAAGCCCACCCCCAUAAAGCCGAGGUCCAUGCUUCCCAACAUUGUGGCCCAACCGUCCAGUGUAUUUAAAAACUUCCGUGCUCUGUGCACCGGAGAGAAAGGAUUUGGCUACAAAGGCUCCUCUUUUCAUCGGAUCAUCCCUAAAUUCAUGUGCCAGGGCGGGGAUUUCACUAACCACAAUGGAACUGGAGGAAAGUCCAUCUAUGGGGAGAAGUUUCCGGAUGAGAACUUCCAGCUGAAGCACACAGGCCUGGGCACGCUGUCCAUGGCCAACGCCGGGCCGAACACCAACGGCUCACAGUUCUUCAUCUGCACGGCGAACACCGACUGGCUGAACGGGAAACACGUGGUGUUUGGCAGCGUGGUGGAGGGCAUUGAUGUCGUCAAGGCGAUGGAUAAACAAGGGACAAAGAGCGGCACCACUAAAGCCAAGGUGGUCAUCGCCGACUGUGGGGAGCUAAAAUAAAACAACACGGCUCCUUCAGUGCAGCCUGCAUCUGUCAGAUCGACCCUCCACGUACCCGUCCAUGUCAGUAGAGAAACACCAGACGGACCUGACUCCUUCAAAUGUUUAUGUGUGUUAAUAUUUAUCCUGUAAUAUUUUGUACCUCUCAGUCUGUUCUUUAAUGGACCUGUUUGUUCACAAAAUCCAAACAAAAUGUUGGUGAUGGUGUAAAUAAAACAACAUGAAAGCUCA